AUGGAUGAGGAAAAUGUUGCCAACUUCUGCGGCAUCACGUCCUGCAGCCCAGAGCAGGCUGCUCAGUACUUGCGCCUAACAGAUGGCAACUUGGAGCAGGCCAUACAACUCUUCUUCGACUCUCCUGGACUUGCCGAUGCUCCUGCUGCGCCAUCACAGCCCUCAGCAGCCGCCUCCGCACAGAAUCCCAUCAAUAUCGACUCCGAUGAUGACAUGGACUUUGAUCCCGCACCACAAGGCAACGCGCCGUCCACACGGGCACAACCAGGCGUGGAAGACGAUGAAGCCAUGGCACGGAGGUUACAAGAAGAGAUGUAUGGCGGCGGCGGCGGCGCCGCCGGUGGCGCUGGCAAUGAUGAGAUUCGCGCGCCCAUAGAACGAAGAGUGGAAACACUUGUUGGCCCAGGCUCAAACUGGGGGCCUGCCGAUGACGAAGAAGAUCUUGAUGCUAUGGUCCAGGAGCAGCUUGCUCGUCGGCGGACAGGCCGCGCCGGUAUCUUCAACCAGCACACAACCCAUACCAAUGUCUGGGAUAACACGACCGAUUCGAGCACCCGGCGACGCGAGCUUGCGACCGCGACUGGCGGUGCUUCAGAGCAGUCUUCUAAGAUGAACAUGCUCGCAGAGCUAUUCCGACCACCGUUUGAGAUCAUGUACCAAGGAUCGUGGGAAAAGGCGCGAGAUAUGGGCAAGGACGAAGAAAAGUGGCUGCUUGUCAACAUCCAAGACCCGGCAAUCUUCGACUGCCAGCGCCUUAACAGGGAUAUCUGGAAGAAUGACGAUAUCAAGGCAACUGUGCGAGAGAACUUCAUCUUCAUGCAGUAUGCAAAGGAUGAUCAGCGUGGACAGCAGUACAUGAACUACUACUUCCACGCCCGUGACAGUUCUGACGCCUACCCCCACAUCGCCAUCGUUGACCCACGAACAGGCGAGCAAGUCAAGGUCUGGUCGGGACCACCGAUACCCGAACCAGUUGAGUUCCAUGCUCAGCUUCAUGAGUUCCUCGACCGUUACAGCCUCAAUGUCAAUGCGAAGAACCCUGUAGCGAAGCGGAAGUCUGAGUCUAAGAAGAAGGAUGUCGGUCGCAUGACAGAAGAGGAGAUGCUGGAGAUGGCGCUACAAAACAGCAUGGAUAACGGCAAGGGGCCGAAGGACGAUGACCCAGAUGCUCUCACCAAGUCUACAGACAACAUCAAGGGCAAGGGCAAGGCCGAAGAAGUCGCUUCUGAGCCGCCAGCUGAGCCCGAGGCAGCUCCUUCGAAUCCUGUCUUCGCUGCCAUCUCCGCACAUGCUCCUCAUACCGAGCCUACCGUUACUGAUCCCAAGGUCACGACUCGCAUCCAGUUCCGUGGCCCGUCAGGCCGUCCGAUUGUGCGCCGCUUCAACCUUACAGACCCUGUUCGCCGUGUCUACGAAUGGAUCAAGUCCGACGUGCCCUGGGAAGGCAAGCAAGGAGCUGAGUUCGAUCUGGCGUUCAUGGGCAAGAACCUCCUCGACCACGUCGACGACACGGUCGAAGCCGCCGGACUCAAGGGUGCCAGUGUUAUGGUAGAGUUCUUGGAUAAUGAGUAG